CAGCUGUUACAUGUAAUCAUGCUGUCGUUUCGCUUCCUGGCAAACACAUCCAAAGUUAGGCGUGGAGUUAAUCUAUUUCCUCUUGUUCAGGUUCUAUGCACUUUUCUACUAAUAAUAACGGCUAUACAAAUUACGCAUUUGGACAAAAUGAUUGUCCACACACAUCUUUAUUAUGUGUUAUUUUGUCCCCCCUCUUUCAGGGGCUUCACUUCCGUUUCCUUUUCGUCACGGCCACAGUGAGCUCCACUAGACAAGAAAUGAAUACAGCGAUACCUGGCUCAGCUCACCCUGCCUACCAUUUAACCUGCUUAUUGUAACCUGCCGGGCCGACGCCGCUAAACCUUGUGGUUUCCAUCUCCGGUUUGGAUCAAUAUGAGCAGUGUGUGUGUGUUUACAGUCAGUGCAGUGAGCUCACUAAGUGCGCAGAGGGUCUUAUCUUGGUAGCUAACGUUAGCUCCGCAAAGCUGCUGUGUGUGGCCCGUUCUGGCUGUAUCUACGGGACAGGUACUUUUCACUCAGCUAAGGCUCAGCACCAUGAAUCUGUUGCGUCUAGUGUGUCGUCACAAGACAGCCCUGGUCAUUGGCACUGUUUGCAGCUUUGCUGUAGUUCUUGUCUUCUUGGCCCGAUGUACCUCAGAAACCUUGAAACAGGCCCAUCCGGAUCCUCCAGGCUUAGCCCCCCAAGCCAAUGCCUUGCAAUCACGUCCAGAGCAGCAUAAUCUUCCUUCCACAUCUAAAGACUUGUCAGCAUUCUUGGUGGUCCUCAUCACAACGGGACCUAAGUACACAGAGAGGAGGAGUAUCAUCCGCAGCACCUGGCUUGCCAAGCGGGACUCAGAUGUUCUGGCCAUGUUUGUGGUAGGAACUCAGGGGCUUUCCAGUGAGGACCUUCAGAACCUUAACACAGAGCAAGGGCGGCACAAAGACCUGCUCUUACUGCCUGAGUUGCGAGAUUCUUAUGAGAACUUAACACUCAAACUGCUCCACAUGUACUCCUGGCUGGACCAGAAUGUGGAGUUCAAGUUCGUCCUCAAAGCAGAUGAUGACACAUUUGCUCGUUUGGACCUCCUUAAAGAGGAGCUGAAGGGGAAAGAGCCCAGCCGGUUGUACUGGGGCUUCUUCUCAGGGAGAGGCCGAGUGAAAACAGCCGGCAAGUGGAGGGAAAGCUCAUGGGAGCUCUGUGACUACUACCUGCCCUAUGCAUUGGGUGGGGGCUACAUCCUCUCAUCCGACCUGGUACGUUAUGUACAUCUGAAUGCAGGUUACUUCAAGACAUGGCAGAGUGAGGAUGUGUCACUGGGUGCCUGGCUGGCACCUGUGGAUGUUCGGCGGACGCAUGACCCACGCUUUGACACAGAGUAUAAAUCGCGUGGUUGCAACAACAAAUAUUUGGUUACACAUAAGCAGAGCUUGGAGGACAUGUUGGAAAAACACCAGACUCUGCAGCGUGACGGCAAGCUCUGCAAGGAGGAAGUCAAGCUGCGACUGUCCUAUGUGUAUGACUGGAGCGUGCCACCCUCACAGUGUUGCCAAAGGAAGGAUGGCAUUCCUUAAUUUUUGUCUUUUUUACAUGGUUGGAAUUGGCUUUUGAUUUUUAUUGUUUGAGUCUGGGAAAUUAAGGAAUAAUGUGUUUUGACCAAUUCUCCAUUGUUACAUGAUUUAAAGCAAUGUAACAGCUACUAGAAAUUAUUGUGAAAGCCUAAAUGUUGUUAAAAAACCUCAUUUAAAAAAAACAAAAAGUGGCAGCUUCACAGAUUGUUUUUUUCCACCCAGACCAGAGGAUCUAGAUGGAAUUUCCACAUAUUUGAAACUGGGUUUUAAUAGUGUCCAUGUGAAAUCAACCAGGUCCGGCAAAUUCUAGUAGUAGUAAAUUAUGAAGUGGUUUUUGAGCUAGAUUUUGCGCAGUUUGGUUUUAUAAAUCUUUAACAGUCUGUAGAGUCUCCAUGUUAAUCUUGUCGAGGUUUGACAUUUUUUUUUCUAUCUAUACCUGGUUUUAUGUGGGUUACGGAAUUAGUCAAGUCACCCUUUUUCUGUUUUCACAAGUAGAAUGGGAUUUUAAACAGUGCUACAGCUUUUAUUGUGAAGUCGAGUACAAAUUUUACAAAUUCAAAUGAUGUACCAUCGCCAACGGAGAAUUGGUUGAGAAAUAUUGUCCUUUCAAUUUCAAAUUAGGAGCCAACUUCCACCUUAUGUCCUUUAUGACCCACAAACUCUUUUGGCCUUGUUUUUUGGACCCAUGAUAAUGUCAGUGCCCUCCUUACCGCCAGUUUACCACAUGGGUGGCCUACUUCUCUCUG